CGGCGUAUUCAUCCGUCUUUCAACGACGUACGCAGCGACGACCCGACCUACCAUAAUUCCUCCUUCCGUGGGCUCAAAGCCCUUGAUUCCUUCCAAAUUUGACUUCACUCUAUGUCCUGCAUGCUGCGCAGAGUAACGGUCGCGUCGCGACCAGCUUCAACGGGUCUAAUCGGAAAAACUGUAGCAGGCAGCAGUCGUCGAACGAUAACAACCUCAUUCCCUAGACAGGCCGAUAUCACGUUGACUGUAGACGGAAAGGAAGUGACUGUACCGCAGGGUUCGGCUUUGAUCCAAGCUUGCGAGGCUGCAGGGGCAAACAUUCCGAGAUUUUGUUACCAUGACCGACUUGCAAUUGCAGGGAAUUGUCGAAUGUGUCUCGUUGAAGUCGAAAGGUCGCCGAAACCCGUUGCUUCAUGUGCCAUGCCAGCCAUGCCCGGCUCGAAGGUUUUCACGAACACGCCGUUGGUUCACGAGGCACGAGAAGGCGUCAUGGAAUUCCUGCUCGCAAACCACCCUCUCGACUGCCCUAUCUGUGAUCAAGGUGGUGAAUGCGACCUCCAAGACCAAUCCAUGCGUUACGGCUCCGACCGUACUCGAUUCCACGAAAUCACAGGGAAACGCGCCGUCGAGAAUAAAGACCUCGGCCCUCUCGUCAAAACGUCCAUGAACCGCUGCAUUCAAUGCACCCGUUGCGUUCGAUUUGCCAAUGAAGUUGCCGGCGUAGAAGAGCUUGGUACCACAGGGCGUGGUAACGAUAUGCAGAUUGGGAUGUACGUUGAGAAGACAAUGGAUUCAGAACUGUCUGGGAACAUUGUGGAUCUAUGUCCCGUGGGUGCUUUGACGAGCAAACCGUACGCGUUUACUGCGAGGCCAUGGGAGUUGAAGAAUACCGAGUCUAUUGAUGUGAUGGAUGCCAUUGGUUCGAAUAUUCGGAUCGAUUCGCGGGGUGUUCAGGUCAUGCGUAUACAACCUCGUACGAACGACGAUGUGAAUGAAGAAUGGAUCAGCGACAAGACACGGUUCUGUUAUGAUGGGUUACGUUUCCAGCGGUUGACACAUCCACUGAUCAAAGACGGAGACCGUUUCGUUGCCGCGACAUGGGAGCAGGCUCUCGAGGCUGUUGCGAAUGGGCUGACCAGGAGUGGUGCAAAGGAUGACGAGGUUCAAGCUGUCGCCGGGCAUUUGGCAGACACUGAGUCGUUGGUUGCUUUGAAGGAUUUGGUCAACCGGUUGGGUUCGGAUAAUCUUGCCCUUGACCAAGUAGGUGGAAUGUCUACUCCUGUACAUGGUGUCGACGUUCGGUCGAAUUACCUGUUCAAUUCGACUAUCCCCGGUGUUGAGGAAGCCGAUGUCAUUCUUCUCGUUGGCACCAACCCUCGACACGAAGCAGCAGUUCUUAACUCUCGCAUAAGGAAGAGUUGGCUGCGUAGUGGAUUGGAAGUUGGACUAAUUGGUGAACGGGCAGAUACGACUUAUGGUUACGAUUAUCUCGGUGCAGACGGCAAGCCUUUGACGGAUUUCAUCACCGGGAAGGGUCAUUUCGCAAAGAAGUUCAAGGUAGCGAAGAAACCCUUAAUCAUCAUCGGAAGCGCUCUGGCUGAGCACCCCGACGGUGUGGCCAUCUAUAACGAGCUUGCACGGUUUGUUGAGCUCAACAAGAGCUCGCUUGUCACCCCCGAGUGGAAUGGAUUCAAUGUUUUGCAGCGGGUUGCAUCACGGCCGGCAGCGUACGACAUCGGUUUCGUUCCAUCUAAAAAAGCCACCACCACCAAACCUAAGUUCAUCUACCUCCUCAACGCUGACGAAGUCGACCCCAAGUCUAUACCACAAGAUGCCUUUGUAGUCUACCAAGGCCAUCAUGGUGACCUAGGAGCACAGCUGGCGGACGUCGUGUUACCUGGUUCUGCAUACACCGAGAAAUCGACCACGUGGAUAAAUGCUGAAGGUCGUUCGCAACUUGGACGGGCAGCUGUCCCUCCACCUGGGUCUUCUAGAGAAGAUUGGAAGGUCAUUCGUGCUCUUUCCGAAAUCAUAGGUGCACCGUUACCUUACGAUGAUGUCCUCUCACUUCGGGAUCGGAUGUGGGAGAUCUCACCGACGUUGGUGCGGUAUGACAUAACAGAGAAGGUUUCCUCUGAAAUCGCGCUGGCCGGGCUCAAAGCUAUAGCCAAACGGACGACCGGAAACAAGAUCUCUGGUGCCGUUUUGAGAAGACCUAUAACCAACUUUUACCAGACAGAUCCUAUAUCACGAGCUUCCGUAACGAUGGCACAAUGUGUAAGAGCGUUUAUCACUAAAGAAGAUGUUGGGAUUGGUGAGGGGAAGCAAGUAGAAGCGGCGUUUGCAUAAAAAGUCCGAUGUCUUGUUGGAGAGCUGUAAAGAAACGAGUCUUCGAAGAAGACGGCCAUUUCUAUAUUAUCAUCACAUACCUAAUGUGUUUUUCUUCCCAUUCUUACUCUGCAAUUCAAGUCCGGUUACAAGCAUAGAAGAAUAAUUGACGCAAUUGGUUU